ACCGACAAUGACACGCACCUCGCCGAGACACACAGCCCAUGCUGCAAGGCCCCGCAACUGCUCACCACCAUGCCACCACAUGUUGCCUUGAGUCCGAUCUUCGGUUCUCCCGGCGUCCGUCUUCCGCGCACUUCCAUUUUUCUCCGAAACGGAGCUCUCGUCAGCUGCACAUCGCCCGCUGCAAAACUCCAUCGGACGAACCACCCUCCGAAUCGUCGCACAAGCUCUGCGUCAUUGCGCCUGCAAUUCACUAUCUGAAAUCUGCUCAAUCACGCCAGGCGGAAAAGCUCAAACCUUGUCGCUCAUGGCUUCCCAAACGGAGCACACAUCAGCCCAAGACGUUACUCCUCACUCACUAGCUGAGAACCUCGUCAAUUGGUUCGUUCAGCAUGGGGGCCACCUGAGCCCGCAUGUCCAGCUCGCCUACACCCACGCUCAAGGCUUCCAUUUGUGUGCCCGGACGCCAUUGACCUCGCCUAUCGUGGCCUCGUGUCCGCUCAACCUUACCUUCUCCAUCCUAAACCUAGACCCUGGUGAGAAAGAGGUGCAACAUAUCCAGUCACCUUUGCAGCAAUGUCGAGACAAGAUCCCAGACCAUAUCUUGGCAUAUCUUAUGUUGCUAGAGCAGCGCGACAAGGGCAACGACUCGCCUUGGAGCGCUUACCUAGCAUGCUUACCUGGGCCUCAAGACAUGACCACUCCUCUCUGGUUUGAUGAUGUCGACUUCGCCUUUCUGGCUGGCACAUCCUUGGCGCCCGCUGCAAAAGAAAGAAAGGCCGAGCUACACCAGCAAUGGGAGCACGCUGUGCAAGUCAUAAAGCACUUUGACAUGCAUCUGGCUGACGUUAUCUCUCUGUAAGUUUCCUAGCGCAGGCCACUCGAAGCAGCCCAAACAUGGUGUCUCAGGCG